CACCAUCAGCCACGCAAGUAUUUGUAGUCGAUCUCGGCACCUCCUGUUUGCGCAGCACCCCAAGUCUAAUGCGACGUAAUCUCUACAAAACCUACCUGGUCCACCAUCCUCCACGCAAUCCAUCACCUCCACCAAGAUGCCCCACGCAACCGCCCCCCUCCAAGCUCAAUCCGCCUACAAACUUACCCCAAACAACCCUACAACAACCGCACGCCUGCGCACGCUCCUGUUCACCUCCCUAUCCUACCUCAACUGCUACAUCUUCCUGUGGACAUCCCUCGCCUUCCUGGUCGUCACUAUCGGCGAGAUCAUCGCCUUCUGCCAUCGUUUCCCAGCCGCGAUCGGUUUCUGGGCCGGACUCGUCGCUUGGAGGGGUUGCAAAUGGUGGCUCACGAGACGUACGGUGAACAGGAUUAGAGCUGAGAUUGAGGAGUUGACACGGGUGGUGGGCGAGGCGCAACGGAGGGUUGAUGAGGCGGAGCAACCGCUUGGGGAGGCGAACCGAGCGGUGCAGGAGCAGGAGCGCACAGAUGGAGAGAUUGUGGCUGCGCUGGAGGGGAGGCGGAGGAGGAGUUUCUAG